CAGGGGGAGGAGGUGUUUGGCUCGCGCUUUGACGUCAGCAGUCCUCACACACGGGAUCGGUCGGUCUGUCCGCCUCCUGCAGCCCGGUCAGGCACAGCCGCACGCCUCCCGCGUCCAGCCGUACUGCUUCUUUCCACCGCACGGCUGUCUUCAUGUAGACCGCAGAGCCGGGCACGACAGCUGAUUCACUCUUUUCUUUUUAGGCCUAUUUUUGCUGCUUCUUCUUGUUCCUGUUGUUUUUAAUUUGGCUCGAUUGGAUCCCCGGCUGCCAAUGCAGGGAGGCCUGAUGGAGAAGAUGUCCCGACACCCCGUCCCGCUCAAUCCAAGUUUUCUCCCCCCGGCGACGCACGGAGUCCUCAAGUCCCUCCUGGAAAACCCGAUGAAGCUGCCGCUGCAUCACGAAGCUUUUGGCAAGGAGCAGGAGAAGGAGAAGAACCUGGAGGAGGAGCGCAGUGCGCCCCAGUCGGCCUUCCUGGGCCCCACCCUGUGGGACAAGACCCUGCCCUACGAUGGAGACACCUUCCAGCUAGAGUACAUGGACCUGGAGGAGUUCCUGUCUGAGAACGGGAUCCCCUCCAGCCCCUCACAGCACCACCACAACCAGCACCAACCACACACUCCGACAUGCCAGCCGCCAAUCAUGCCACAAGCCCCGCCCACACCUGCGCCAUCCGUGAUGGACCUCAGCAACCACGCCUCCACCUCCGUACACACGAGCGUCGUCUCUCCGAACUGCCUGCACGGCAGCCCAGCCAGAGCAGGCCUCCCGAACUCCAGAAACACUCCCAGCCCCAUCGACCCAGACUCCAUCCAGGUUCCUGUUAGAUACGAGCCCGACCCGGCCGACCUGGCUCUGUCCAGCGUGCCGGGCCAGGAGAUGUUCGACCCACGCAAACGCAAGUUCUCGGCCGAGGAGCUGAAACCACAGCCCAUGAUCAAGAAAGCUCGCAAGGUGUUCAUCCCAGAGGACCUGAAGCAGGAUGACAAAUACUGGGCCAGGCGCAGGAAGAACAACAUGGCAGCCAAGCGGUCCCGGGACGCGAGGCGGCUCAAAGAGAACCAGAUUGCCAUCCGAGCCGGCUUCCUGGAGAAGGAGAACUCUGCUCUGAGGCAGGAGGUGGCCGACCUGAGGAAAGAGCUGGGGCGCACCAAGAACAUCCUGGCCAAGUACGAGGCGCAGCACGGGCCGCUGUGAGGACACACACGCACACUCACACACACUCUGAGAAUGAUGACCCGGCCUCCUCCUGAUCCACCAGCGACCCUCUUCUCACCUCACACGGUCCUGACGGCUCGACUCACAGCAGGCGAAGGGUUUUGUGGCCCUUUGAGGUUGUUUCAGUGAUCUCAUUGGACUCGGACCGAUGACACGUCAGUCCGAGUCCAAUGAGACGUCACCAGAUUGUGUGCUCUGUCGGAGCCAGGAGCGUUAACGACAGUAUUCCCAGCUUCCUCCUUAACGUUUGCCAUCUGUUUCCGUGGCAACAGUGGCCGAGCCGCUGGUUAAAGACGGGCAGUCUGCUCCUGAGCCGUGAGUCGAGCCCAUUGGUCAGGACUUUCACUCACACACACACCUGUAGGACGUCUCUUUGGCCCUGCGAGUUCCCAUCUCUGACUGCCGCCACACUGAAGCCGCCUGCUGUCUGACCUUUGACCCCUCCUCCUCUCCCUGUGUUCGGUAAAGGCACUUUAGAACGUCUCAGACUCCGCCCCCGGCCCAGGUGUGUUCCCGCAGUGCACCUGUUCACAUGUGUAUACCUGCCUCGUUCUGCUCCUGAUGACUCUGUGUGUGAAUGUGUAGCGCCUCCUGUUGGUCAGUCAGCUCGUGUCCUGUUUCCUGUUCCUGUCAGGGGGUCAGUGUUUUUAUGAACAUUUCUGGAAAGAGGACAGUGGAUUUCAGAAGUUCACACUCACUGACUUUGAUAUUGUGCCCCAAAAUGCCAAAAGUCUUUCCUAGUAGCCCAUGAAAAUUUUUUGAUAAAUUUGUUAAAAGCCCCCGCAAAGCAUCUGUUCUGGUCAUCGAGCUGACAGCAUCAGUGAGCGCGUCUUUAAAAGCUCAAGUCAUGACGAGACCCGAAUCGAGCGGAACCCAAAGACACUCGACGUUUUCUGUUUUUUUUCUGGCCUCGUGACUUUGACCUUCGGUGCUGACGUGACUUCACGCUGAGAAUGUGAGCUGAAACCUGUCAGCGUUUGAACGUCCUGCACGUCCCGUCCAUCCGUGUGACGUCCCGCGUCUCUCUGGGACUGACGGAGUCCGUUAAAGUCCGCUCAGAAAGGCUGGAGAAACGGCCGCAGGCCCACACUCGCGCUGCUUUGUCAGUUGAAACGGCGAGCGUUCGCUCAGUCAGGUGAUACGGAGCAAAGCGAGGGCAUCGCAGCCAGAGCUUUCAGGAUCACCUUUAGUGUGAGUGAGAUCAUCUGGGAUCCUGACAUUUUUCUGAUUAUCCUCCUUAGCCUCCUCUUUUUGUCCAAAUCAGUCUCAUUGAUGACACAUAAUCGUUAUCAGAAGACAGUGAGGUCACGUGAACGUGUUUUAACUGAAGGCGAUCGAAGGUGAUGCUCUUUUAACCACAGAGUGACUGAUUUUAUUUGUGGGUAAUCAGAGGAAAACGCGAGUUUGUUUGAAACGAGUCGUCUUCAGAUGAUCCACCUCGAUGUCGUCCAGACGAGUGGAUCAGCGACGUCGUUUUCUCACAGGAUGAGGAUGAGGGUUUUUACAGCACUGAGCUGCACCGUCAGCUGAUGUCCUGCCACCUGGUGGCCGGAUGGCAGCAUUACAGCAAUGCUUUUGCAGCUGGACUGUCUGCCUGCCUGCCUGUCUGCCUGCCUGUCUGUCUGCCUGCCUGUCUGCCUGCCUGCCUGUCUGUCUGCCUGUCUGUCUGUCUGCCUGCCCUGGACUUCACCCCCUCAGGCUUUCACAACUCGAGUUUACUUUAACGGAUUCCUCUAAGCUUCUCUGAAAAGGACGUUUCCACACUUUUUUGUGAUGAAGAGGCAGAACUCGGGCUGCAGUCUGACGGGACUCAGUGAAGGAAAAAACUUUUUUAUUAUUUCCGAUCAGGAAUUCGACCCAGACUGUCAAAAACAGAACAAACUGUGAUUUUAACAAACAAACCGCACCGUCUGCUUUUGUUUUGCAUGUUUUUAUAAGCUCAGAAGGUGGAACAAAUUUCUGUUGAGUUUGAAGUUUCACUUUUGUUUGAACAGGGUUUUUUGUUGUUGAUUCACUAUAGAAACCAAACUUCAGUGCAAUAGAUGGCUCCUUAUGGCUUUGGCAUGAACUUUAUUGUUUUCUCUGUCGUAUUUUCUGAAGUGUAGCUCAGUGACGAGUACGCCCCCCGGUGGCCGAGUGAGACAUGAAUGUAUAUUUGAAACCGUGCGUUGGGUGAGUGUUGUUGUCUUAUACUGCGGAAUCACUUUAGUACUCUUUACUACAGACCAAAAGAAUACAGUAUAUAAAGGAUAUAUUGCUAUAUUAAAGGUUUUAAUGUUUAUACAGAGAUAUUCUUCUUGUUUUUGUACAGUGUGUUUUCCUACAUAGAUAUUUCCUGUGUAUUUUGGAAAGGGUUACAUGAAUAUAAGCAGUAUAUAACACAUGUAAUAAAUUUAUUCAGAAAUAUUACCAAAACGGCGAGCCCGAGCGGUCCGGGCGCUGCAUGUGGGCAUUACCGAAAUCCUCCGCGGUUUGUUUGGUGUCUGAUCGUCUCCUCCCCUGCGUAGUUGAAAUACCUCAAAGCCCUGACGUCCCUGCCCUGCGACACACCUGUGCAGGUGCAGCUGAUUCAGUUCUUGGGUAGCACCAGGUGCUCCGCUCACACGCUCACGUCCUUACAGACGCUUUCGUACGUGUAGUUUUCUGGCUGUAUUUGGCCCAGACGAAUGUAUUCUCCCAACCUGCAGCAUUUACUUUUAUUUUUCAGUUUGGUGUGAUUUUUCUCUCAGUUCUGUUUCAAUCUGUGUUCAAAGAUAUUUUUCCUAUAUUUGUCCUCGAUUAUGUUUCUCAUGAUCAGAAAAAGAAUAAAUAAAUGAAAAACAGUUCAA